AGCUCUGACGUAUAAGGAUGGUAUGAGGGGUCCGGUUAGACCAUUCUUUUCCUUCUCUCUCAUGUUUGGUCACUGACCGAACGCAUCCGCGGACAUAUGAGGGGUCAUUUGAGUCGUCCAACUGUAAGUGUUCUAAAUGGAUCUCAUCCCUUUCUUAGGUUUAAACCAAUGCCAUUUAGACUCGUGCAUUCUUCCCAUCCCUAAAAUCCCAUCUAAACUCGUGUUCCUCCCUAGCCCCCCCACCCCCCCCCCCCCCCCCACACACACACACAAAGAACAAAUAACAACAUUCUUUCUAUUUUGAAAUAUCAUUUAAUCAUUUCUUGGAUAUAUGAAUACAUCGUUAUGCCUAUACAUCUAUUAAAUCCUAGUUUUGUGAUAUUUUGGGCUUUUUGUCGGGCUUUUUGGCCAGGCUUUGAGGAGAAUAGUGGAGCCAGAGCCCGAUCGGCUCGUCCGACUUUUGUGCUAGGACAUGCUUAGUUCUAGCCCCAUCCAUGAGAUAAAGAGAAGGGUUAAUUUGACAAAUACCAUUGACAACUCCUUAAAAUUGAAAAUACCGCUCUAAUUUUUGGAUACUUAAAAGAAGAAGAUAUUUUAACCAUUUGAGCAGAAUAUAUACAUGUUAAUAUCGUUGACAUAUGUGUGGGAAGCAAAAGCUAAACCUUAGCCAAACAAUCCAUGAGUCUAAAUUUCACCAAGGUUUAUCCAUAAUCUAGCAAGCACCUCCCUCAUGGAGUGCCCCGAUGUAAAUUGUAUUUUGAUAAUCUAAUUUGAAAGGUAUUUUUGUUUAUGGAAAAAGAGAGGAAAAAAUUGCUUUUUGUUAGUCUGUCAGACACCUCUGCAUCACUCUAUAAAGGGAGGAGCCAAUUUAGAAACGAUUGUCAACAUCCCUUGGAUAGCUCCCAUCAAAAGAAUCUUGGUCGUUAAUCAGGCUCUCGCCUAGUGGUCAGAAUGCAUAAAUCAAAAGUUCUUGUCUCCUUAUUGGUAACAAAUGUGGCGGUACAAGCCUACAAAACAGAUUUUGCUAAAGCGAAUUGAAAAACCAAGGUUCUAUUUGGAACCGGUGUAAAAUUUGUAUGUUCACAAGCAUUUUGCUCAAAGUUCAGAUAAAUGCCGGGUUACCUCACAGAUUUUACGUUAUUUCUGUAAAUGGUGCCACAAAAGAAGUUAAGGCUAUCCGAAUGGACCUCUAAUGGUAUCUGAAUGUACUGCUCUGUCUUGAGUAGGUUUCCUACUCGUUCCCAAAAAGAGAGAGAGAGGGGAAAACAUUUUUAAACCCACACAUGCAUACUCUAUCGUAUAAGCACCUCCGAGCGACUGAGCCAUCGUAUCAUUUUUAAAUUUAUGAAGUCACCGCAACCACCUCGUAGUCGACGGAAACGCCUGUGCAUCUUUACAAAUUCUAAAAUAAAUACAAACACCAGAAUUUAAACGGGCUGAGGAUACCACACUCUCUUUAAUGGUUCACGGGCAGGAAGAAGUUAAUGCGAAGGAUGUAAAAGGAGAAGUUUGGAUAAACGGGCAUGCCGAGGAAGUGGACGUGCCGGCGGCCGGCAACCGCAAAUACUACCGCGAGAAAAGAGCGCUCUCCCGCGUGGAACCUUCUCCGGCUGCCCCUGCCUACGUGUGCGACGCCAUCGCCCCAAUCGCGUACCGCGUUGCCCCGAGUAGGCCCAUCACUACCUCGUGCUCAUUCCCACCCGAGCUCACAAUAAUUAAAAAAAAAACGAAAAAAAAUAUUCGCCCCGGCUUUGACCGUCUCGCUCCCCUCCUCCCUCUUCUGCUCCCUCCGCCUCUCAAUCGGACCGUACGGGUCCAUUUGACCACGUGACCCAAAUCCGCCACCCGCGGCUAUAUAACCGCGUCCGGACGUUUCCCCGGCAACACACUUCACCAAGCACUGCAGACAGCGCGCGGCAUCAGCUCAGAGCAGAACCAAGGAGGCUCAGAGCACGGAGGAACCAAGGAGGCCGGCGAGAUCGACGCAACGCAAAUGCAGAUGGACUCCUACUACUUCCACGACGACGCCCACUUCUUCGCCGGCUGCGGCGUCCCCGGCUCGCCCUUCGCCGACCUCAUUGCGUCGCUGUCGACGGAGCCGCUGCCCGCGGCGGCGGCGAGCCAGAGCGCGUUCCGCGAGUACCGCGGCGUCGGGCUGGAGCUUCCGGGCGCGGCGCGGGGCGGGAUGGCCGGGGUGGGGAGCAAGGGCAACAUCCACCGGAGGAUGAUGGGCGUGCUGGCCAGGAUGGGCCCGAGCGCUGGGGGAAGUUACUGUGAGGAGGACGGGCAGGAGGAGCGGCCGCAGCAGCAGGCGGCCGGCGCCGUCGAGAGCAGCCGCGGGUUCCGGCACAUGAUGCGCGAGCGCCAGCGCCGCGAGAAGCUCAGCCAGAGCUACGCCGACCUCUACGCCAUGGUCUCCUCCCGAUCCAAGGGGGACAAGAACUCGAUCGUGCAGUCCGCGGCCGUCUACCUCCACGAGCUCAAGGUCGCCAAGGACCAGCUCCAGAGGAGGAACGACGAGCUCAAGGCCAAGAUCCUGGGCCACGACGCGCAGCAGCAGUGCGUCAAGGUCCAGUUCGAGGUGGACGAGCCCUCCUCCUCCAUCGACUCCAUGAUCGGGGCCCUCAGGCGCCUCAAGAGCAUGAAUGUCAAGACAAGGGGGAUCCACUCCACCUUGUCCGGCCAGCGGUUGACGACGGAGAUGAAUGUUGAAACCACGAUUGCGGCCGGCGAGGUAGAAAAGGCAGUGGAGGAGGCUCUCCAGGAAGUAGAGAGGAAUCAGCUGCAUGACAGCGAGGCCUCGUUUCCCGGAAGCAGGAGCGGCUGGCCACAAACAUCACACGUGCAAAAUGUGUUCUGAGAUGGUUCUGAGCACGAGGGCCAUGAGACACAUUUCUUCAUUGUUUUUUCUCCUCUCUUUUUUCCGUUCUCCUUCUGAUGAUGGAGCAAGUGAAGAUCUCCACAUGCCCAUGCCCUUGCCCUCGUACCUCGUGUGUGGUCCUAGUGGUUUGUUAGAGGCUGUCAAGAUGUAAGUAGCUCUUCAGAUGUGUAGGUAGCGAGGUCAACUUGGGAUCGAAUGGGUUGGAACAAUUUGAAGAGGGUCAACUUGCACGGUUUGGCUUGGCGCUUAUGUAUGGCCGUAUAGCAAGCAAGAGAAAAAGGAUAUGACAACUUGACAAGGAUACAUGUCAGCCGUUUGGAACAAGAGGGACCAGGAAGCCUUGGCUGCUGGGACUGUAAAUUUGUAACUGCCCAAUGUUCGAAAUCCAAUUAGAUUUUUCUCGGAA